AUGACGAUGAUUAAAUCAACGACGACGACCACCAGAACAAACACCACCAAUUUAAGCACCACUCGUUCUUCUUCUUCUUCUGCUCCUGGGUGUGUCUCCUCUUCUUCGCGACGGAUGAUGAGAAGCAACAAGGACAAAUGUCAUCAUCAAUCCGCUGUCGUCAGCAGAAGCAGAAGCACUUUAACAACGACGACAACAAGCAGAAACUUUUAUCAUAAUAAUAGCAACACUAAUACUACUCAGCAGAGAAGAAGGAUACCGACGACGAUGGGUGGUGUGUCUCCUCUUCUGUCGUCGUCGUGCUCUUCUUCUUUAACUUCUUCUCACGUGGUGACGAUGACGAUGAUGAGAAGAAGAAGUGUGAAAAAUACGAGAUUAAGUACGACGAGCAGUAGUAGUGCUGCUGGUGAGAACAGUUCGACGACGCAAACAACAACAACGUAUAAAAGAAGAGACCGCCUGGCACAAAUCAAAGCAAACGAUCACGGGAAAUCAAAAGUAGGCAAAACGCUCGAAUUAAAAGGUUGGGUCCGAUCGAAUCGAGCGCAAAAAGACCGAGCGUUUAUCGAUUUAAACGACGGUUCGGACAUGUCCGGGAUGCAAAUGGUCGUCUUGCAAGAACACGUGGACGAAAACGUCUGGCAACUCGUCGCGGGCGCCACGAGCGAAGUUUCGACCGGAGCGUCGAUACGAGUGAAAGGGAAAGUCGUGGAAUCGCCGGGCGGGAAACAAUCGGUGGAAGUUUUGGUGGACGAGUUGGAGAUUAUCGGUAAAGCGGAUCCGGCGACGUACCCGUUGCAAAAGAAGAGACACACGCUGGAAUACUUACGAGGGAUCGCGCAUUUGAGACCGAGAACGAAUACCAUCGCGGCGGUAUCGAGAGUGAGAAAUCAGUUGGCGUUCGCGACGCACCAGUUUUUUCAGCAGAAUGGGUUUUUAUACGUGAACACGCCGAUUAUUACCGCUUCGGAUUGCGAAGGCGCCGGAGAGCAGUUUCAAGUCACGUGUUUGUUGAACGGGUUAGAGGAAGAAGGAUCCGCCGGCGCCGCCGCGUCAGUCGCGCCGCAAGACGUUGAAAAAGUAGAGCAAAAAGUGAAAAGCCAAGGCGAUAUCGUCAAGAAAACGAAAGCGGAUAAAGGAGAGGGCAACGCGACGAAAGAGGACGUCGAUCGAGAGGUAAAGAAAUUGUUGGCGUUAAAAGAAGAACUGACAGAGCUCCAAUCCGGGUCAAAUACGCCGCAAACGUCCGUGAAAGAGCUUCCAAAACUCAAAUCCGGUGGCGUAGAUUACGAACAAGAUUUCUUCGCCAAACGAUCGUAUUUAACCGUCUCUGGCCAGUUGAACGGUGAAAUCAUGGCGAGCGCGGUCAACGACAUUUACACGUUCGGUCCGACGUUUCGAGCGGAAAAUUCCAACACGUCGAGACAUCUCGCGGAGUUUUGGAUGGUGGAACCCGAGUUAGCGUUUGCGGAUUUAAACGACGACAUGGAUUGCGCCGAAGCGUAUUUGAAGCACUGCAUCACGCACGUUUUAAAACACUGCGACGAAGAUUUGCAGUUCUUUGAAAAGAAUAUUUCCAAAGAUAACUUAAGGGAAAGAUUACAGAACGUCGUCGAUCAAGAUUUCGCUCGAAUCACGUACACGGAAGCCGUGGAACACGUCUUAUCGGCGAAGAAAAAAUUUGAGUUCCCGAUCCAGUGGGGGAGCGAUUUACAAUCCGAACACGAACGAUACAUCUCGGAAGAGGUUUAUAAAGACCGACCGGUGAUUGUUCGCGAUUAUCCGAAAGAUAUCAAAGCGUUUUAUAUGCGCGCGAACGAUGACGGUAAAACCGUCGCGGCGAUGGACGUUUUGGUCCCAAAAGUUGGCGAAUUAAUGGGCGGCUCCCAAAGAGAAGAGCGCUUGGACGUUUUGGAGAAGAAAAUCGAGGAAGUCGGUUUAGAGAAAGAAUCGUAUUGGUGGUAUUUGGAGUUGCGAAAGUACGGCUCGGUCCCGCACAGCGGCUUUGGUUUAGGUUUCGAGAGGUUGGUUCAAUACGUCACCGGCGUGGAGAAUAUCAGAGAUGUGAUUGCAUUUCCUCGAUACCCAGGCAGCGCGGACUUCUAA